GGCACGCGCAUUUACGCUCGGUGCUUGAGACCAAAAUCCGGGCUCGCGCACGAAACACAUUUACACUCCGGUAGUAGAGAGGGCCCAGGAUCGAGUCACUUUGCUUCCGUCAAUCAAACAAUCCGUUCGGUUUAAAGCCCCGCACGAACGUUAAACCGAUCUAAGGGGCGGCGGUUCCUCGGUGAAACACAUUGACAGAGCGGGAGAGGAAGAAGAAUGGCGGAUUCAUGCAGCACUGCAACGGUCGCGGCCGCAGGCUCCAACAGCGCUACUCCUGCUGCUGCCGCUGCCGGGGCGGCUGUCACGGUGGCGCAGGAUGGAGCGCCCGCAGCCGCGGGACCCAAGGCCCCGGCCGAGUCCGUGAAGGGCCAGAUGUUUGACGUGGGCCCCCGCUACACCAACCUGUCGUACAUCGGGGAGGGAGCGUAUGGAAUGGUCUGCUCUGCUAUGGACAACGUUUCAAGCCAGCGCGUAGCCAUCAAGAAAAUCAGCCCCUUUGAGCACCAGACGUAUUGCCAGCGCACACUGAGGGAAAUCAAGAUCCUGCUGCGUUUCCACCAUGAGAAUAUCAUCGGCAUCAACGACAUUCUCAGGGCACGGCAACUUGACAACAUGAGGGAUGUCUACAUCGUUCAGACCCUGAUGGAGACGGACCUGUACAAGCUGCUGAAGACCCAGAGGCUGAGCAACGACCACGUCUGCUAUUUCCUCUACCAGAUCCUGCGAGGCCUCAAGUACAUCCACUCAGCCAACGUGUUGCACCGUGACCUCAAGCCCUCCAACCUGCUCAUCAACACCACCUGCGACCUCAAGAUCUGUGACUUCGGCCUGGCACGGAUAGCCGACCCCGAGCACGACCACACAGGGUUCUUGACCGAGUACGUGGCUACGCGUUGGUACCGGGCUCCAGAAAUCAUGCUCAACUCAAAGGGCUACUCCAAGUCCAUUGACAUCUGGUCAGUGGGCUGCAUCCUGGCUGAGAUGUUGUCCAACAGGCCCAUCUUCCCCGGGAAACACUACUUGGACCAGCUCAACCACAUACUGGGCGUGCUUGGCUCUCCAUCUCAGGACGAUCUGAACUGCAUCAUCAACAUGAAGGCGAGGAACUACCUGCAGUCCCUGCCUCAUAAACCCAGGAUCCCCUGGGAGAAACUCUACAAUGCCGACUCAAAAGCUCUGGACCUGCUGGGCCGCAUGUUGACGUUUAACCCCGUGAAGCGCAUCAGCGUUGAGGAGGCCCUGGCUCAUCCUUACCUGGAGCAGUACUACGACCCCUCAGAUGAGCCGGUAGCAGAGGAGCCCUUCACUUUCUCCAUGGAACUGGACGACCUUCCCAAAGAGAAGCUGAAGGAACUGAUCUACGAGGAAACCGCUCGUUUCCAGGAAACCUACCAGGGCUCCUGAGACGCACAGCCCUAAAGAGUGACAAAGCCACACAGAGGCUUUGGACAAGAAGACUCCAAACGACAUGCUAAAACAAAAAGGAAAAAAAAACGCAUCUUCAAGAAACCAACAAAAAGAGAAAAACAAGAAAUGAACAUUUAACUGCUUAUCUUUCCAUUUCUACUGCAAGAGAGCUAAGUUUAACUUUGAUUUCUGUGGUGGGGUGGGGUGGUUGGGUCUGUCGUACUCAUGCUGUUUCAGUUUUGUCCAUGUUGGACUCUCCCUCCUCUCACCUCACAUUUGUUUUCCUGUUAAACGUCCUGCCUCAUCCCGUCCCAUCUACAGUAACGCUCUGUUCCCCUCCUGUCCCGCACCCGUUGAUCAGUCUGAGCUCUCUCUGUCAUAUAAACUUCUGUAUUAACCGACGCCAUAACGCUCUUGUCUUGCUCCAUGUAAAUUACAACCUGGAAAAAACCGAGGGCUAAAAGAACGGGGAUGCUAAUCGGGUGUAUGUAUAUACAAAUAUAUAAAAGCUUUGUUUUUCUUUCUC